AUAUAUCAUGUACCAGGAUGGAAGUUGUAUAAACUAUAAUAUAAUCAUUUAAUAGUUCAUACAUCAUGGCCAGGCGUCUAUAUGUUAUAAUAUUUGUGUCAAUUUUCAAAUUGUCUCAAUGUCAAAUAGUACCUGUUACAGACCUGUCUAUCAACUUUACAUCAAACACCCGUAAACUUAUCAACAAUACACUACAGAUUGAAAAUGGUUCAGUUUUACUGAUAGGUUGUCAAGCCAAUAAUGACGCCUCGCCAGCACCAGACAUUAGUUUGCAUUAUAGCAAAAAUGAUGUUGAUAUACUUAAUCGUACAACAGGUCAUUAUCUGGAGACAUCUUUAACUGUUACCAUGGAGAUGGAUGGAUCAACAUUGUACUGUAAAGCUAAUAAUAAUGAACGCGUUGAACGAAGAUCAACCUAUAUAAAGAUGCAAGUAUCAGUUGGAUCAUGUCAAGGCAGAUGUGGUAGUAAAUUAGAUCGCAGUAAAUCAUGUCAAUGUAAUACACGCUGUAAAAGAUUUAAAGACUGCUGUGAUGAUUAUGACUCAUUAUGUAGUGAUCCGACAACAAUGACAACAAUGUCAUUACACGUGAAUAACGUCACUGACAAUAAAAUAAUUCUACAAUGUAAAGUAGAUGGUCGACCGAAUAACUACAUAUUUUCACCAUGGAAACAUUACUUGGAUGGCGUAUUGAUACGAGAGGUCGAAGGUUAUCUGGAGAAUGGAGAUAAUUCUAUCUACUACCUCAACAUCUCAACUCAGUUAUAUAAAAACAGAGGAGUUUAUGUUUGUACCGGAAGUUAUAGCAGAAAUGGACAGAUUUAUUCUUAUACAGCUUUUACGACGAUUUCCGUUACAGCUCCAUCCAAGUUCUAUAAAAAUGACCUUGAAACAAUGAACGAGACUGUCAGAGCAGGAUCCGAUUAUAACAUAAGUAAAAUAUUUAUCACUGGAAGCAACAGUAACAUCACGUGGUUUAAAGACAACACUAGGCUAGAACUAUCCAGUCGUAUUGGUAUUAGAAGAUUAGAAGUUAAUAUUCCUCACGACUACAACCAAACUGUGUUAAUACCAUACAGUCGAACAUUGAUAACAAUUACACCUGUACAGGUAUCUGAUGAAGGAUGGUAUCAAUGUUUCAUAUGUAACCAUGACGACUGUAGUAAUUCAUCCUUUCAUCUUUUAGUUGAAGAUAAAGAUCAGGUUAAAGAUGCGGAUAAAGAUUCUCCUAACAACGGGAAACAGGAUAAUAUAUCUGUAUUUAUUGGUGCUGGUGUAGCGGCUCAUUUGAUUAUCAUCAUCGUCAUCAUCGUUAUUGUAUUAGUUGUUAAAAAACGUCGACGUAAACCAAAAGAUGGUUCCUCGAAACAAGAGAUGGAAAUAAUGGAGAAUCAUCUAUAUAUAAGCGCUGAUUAUGAUGCUUCACAGAAUCAGGCUGAUGGAAACGGAGUGAAGACGACACGAAACCAGAAAUGGAAAUAAUGGAGAAUCAUUUGUAUAUUAGUGCUGAUUAUGAUACUGCACAUACUUAGAAUGUUUUAAACGAAGUCAUGAUGCGUUAUGUAAAGCAAUGUACCUAUACAUAUAUAUAUAUACAAAUGCAAUUUAUUUCGGAAAUUGAUGAGACAUUGUCUGUAUAAAAUAUCUCAUGUUAGCUUUUAGUAUAUGAUAUUUUAGCUUUUUGUAUAUGAUAUGUUAGGUUUUAGUAUAUGGUAUUUUAGCUUUUACAAUAUGAUAUUUUAGCUUUUAGUAUAUGAUAUUUGUGCUAUACAUAUAUUAUAUUAGCUAUUAUUACAUGAUAUUUUAUAUUUUGCUAUAUCAGGUUUUAAACAUUUUCAAUUACUGAUUUUAUUUCAUAUAGAAUUGUUUUAUUAAGUAUUAUUACCCCAGAAUGAGAUAAACACUACCUGUUUCGAUUUCAGACGGGUGGUUAUUGUGAAACAGGCACAAUAGGAGUUUGAACAUUUCACUCAUUGUCGAUUUCAUUUCAAUUAAAGUAUAUCUUGUUGAUUUAAUAGUUUUAAAUUAUUGUUGUUUGUAUUUCAUAUGAUAUUAAAUAAUGUAUAAUUCACAUAAAGCCAUAAAGUUGGCAAAUCAGAAGCAUUCUUUCCCCUUAAUCAUAAUAUUCUUCAUCUAUCACGAAAUGACGAGAGAGAGAGAGAGAGAGAGAGGGAGAGAGAGAGAGAGAGAGAGCGAGAUGGGUUUAACGUCUACUCGACACAAACUAGGUCAUUUCGGGACUAACAUAUGGUUUUAAUUUUAUUUCAAAAAUACGCUUGCGCUUAGGGGUCUUUAACAGUGGGAGGAAACCGGAGGACCCGGAGAAAACCCACGAGGGUUGUCACGCUAGUUGACUCAAUGACAGACCUUAUGAUAUAACGCGCACGUGCUAACCAUCCAACCCCCCGCCCCCCGAAAUGACUGGAAUACGUCUUACUAAAAUAUUAACAUUCUUAAUGACACUAAUAGUAAUUCACUACAUGCAAGCAAAUCAUUGAUGUAAAUUAAGCAAUUGAUGUAGUGGUAAGAACGGCCAGUUAAUCAUAUUAAUAAUUAUUUAUUUAUUGAAAGUAUUGUCCUCGUCAUAAAGUACUUACCUUCAAAAUUACUAUGUAAAAUAUAGAUUCUUGAAAAAAUCAGGAAAUGAAGAGUCAUGUGAAGGAAAUUUAUAUAAUCUUUUAGCUUGUUUUUGUAUCAUAUCCUUUGUUAUUGUUAUCUUAUAUUUUGUUAUUUUAUGAAUAAAUAUUGCUUAAGACACUUGA